CAGCGGACAGACGGGCCGCCCCCCGUGCCGCCGCGGAAGCGACCGCCACCACCGCCUCCACCCGCAGCAGAGCCGCCCAAGGACUCGCCGCCGCCCUCGUACUCCGACCUCUACUCCCCGCCGCACCGCCGCUAUUCGCACACCGCCGCCGACAUCCAGCUACUGCCGCCCCCGCGCUCCAACCCAGCUCGCAAGUUCUCCGAGGGCAGUGUUCCAGCAGCAGGCUACAAAUUCAACUCCAAGCGGGGGGCCACUGUCAUCCUACCGCCCCCCAUCAAGACGGACUUCGUUGAGCCCAAGCCAGAACCAGAUAAAAUAUCUGAAAGGCAAGACUCCAAUGUUUCCAGCGACUCCUUCUCCCAGUCCAGCAGCCCCUCGUACACCAACAAGUCGAUGGAGGCGCCCCUCCUGCCCAACCUCACCAAGAAAAAAAGAUACCAGAUAGAAAAAGAGCUGGCCCCGAUCCGCCUCGAGCGGAAAGACGACAUAGAGACCAUCGAAGACACAAACACCUCGCCGAUAACCAAGAGUCACUCGACGCCCGCCAGCCUCCAAACCAUCGUGCGGCUACAGACUGGCUCAUCAAUGUCUUUGCACCACAGGAUAAUCCGUGAUAUAAGACGUCCGUCCAGUCACUACAUGAAGAACAACCGGCUGAGGUGCCACUUCCUUCAAGUGACCAUCAACAUACUAGCCAUUAUCGCCAUCGCUGGAGGCCUCGCAAUCUACUUCAAAGCUUACCCUAACACUACAGUAAGGUAUGUGAACCGCACUGUAACGACCACAAAAGUAGCUUAUGUGCAUCAUGACGUGAACCCAGCACCCGGUGAGUAA